AACUGUCCUAUAAAUGGAGCAAAGCUUCAGGUGCACCCAAGCAAUUUAUCUGCACCAAUACCCAGGACUACAGGAAUGGCUGUCUCAGUUCUACGACUGACAGUUGUCCUGGGACUGUGUGCCCUAAUCCUGACAAGCCAGGCAGAUGAUAAACCAAAGGAAGAUGACAAUUCAGAUGAGAAAUCAGAUAACAAGCCAGAAGACUCCAGUAAAAAACCAGAGCCAGAGUUCCCAAAAUUCUUAAGCCUCUUGGGUUCUGAGAUCAUAGAGAAUGCAGUAGAUUUCAUCCUUCGGUCAAUGUCCAGGGGGUCAAGUUUUAUGGAACUUGAUGAGGACCCUGGACAGCCACCUUCAAAAGUGACACCCUAAGGUGAUUUAACUUAUACUUUGCAGGCCACGCCCAUCUGGCAGCUGGACAAAGCAAGGACAGCCAGAUCCUGAUCAUCCAGUUCUGUUUCACAAAGUCAUCCAGAACCAGAGACCUCAAGGCAGCUCCCAGCAAGUCACCAGGAACGGAUCCCCACUUUCAGACAAAUGCAAUCCAUUUGAGCUCUUUGACCUUACAUUCCUCUUUCUACAAAGUUCGAAAAAAGUAUCCUCUUGGAAUUAUAGAAUUACAUAUUUGGGGUUCCUGGCAAUUUUCUCUGGAGUGUUUAAUGAAGCAAAAAAAUGAGAUUAUACAGUACAUAUACAUAUGUACAUAAGCAAACUCAAGGCUUCUUCGUAUGUACAAUAUAAGUAUUAUGGUAACAUAUUCUAAAGGACCAAGUAAAAUAUUUAAAAUAAAAAAGACAAGGAGUUGUAGACAGAGGAUUUUAAUCUUGCUCCAAAAACUAAUUUCUUAAUUUCUAAAGAUAUAUGACGUUUCACUGUUUUACACAUUUUUAAAAAAAAGUUUUUCUUUAAAAAUAUCUGAGCCUCAUGCCCUGUGUCAGUGAACUCAGCAUUGAUUCACUGAUUUUCCUCUAUUCAUCCAAGUGUCUCUUUCUCCUCCAUGGCCAUUAUUCUCCUUCUAGAAUGUCAAGGUGUUGAGGAGGGAGAGUGUCUAAAUUGCUGAGUGCAGCCCCUUCACACGACCACUUCAGUGCACAGAGCUGAGCCUUGAGUAGCCACAGCCCCACUUGACAGACACAUGCUCCCCCACCUACUUAGUAUGUUCAGGAGAGCAAGACUGAAGUCAUGGAGCAAGGUGACCACGGCAGCCCCGGAGUCUAGAAAACGCACCCACUCUGAUUCUACUGUUCAGUUCACCAGAUUUGCCCCUGGGUCCCGUCCUUCUCAAGCAGUGUUCCUGUUCCCAAUGCCACCUUGAAUGCAGCCAUGGUGUUUCCAUAGCUAUUACUUAUCUAUUUUGCUGUUUUUAUUUAUCUGUGAUAGGUUCUCAUACAGCACAAAGAACUGUCAAUGAUAUAGAUGGACAAACCAAGAUUGAAUACUGAACCAGUGGGAAAUGAAAAUGAACGUUGAAUUUUACAGUGAAUUGGGAUGACCUUCUCUUUGCAUUUUUUUGGAGAAUGAUGUCAGUUUUAAAUGUCACAGCCUUCCUAACCAAGUUACCUAAAAUUUCUAUUAAACUCAGCAUCCGACAAUUA